CCUUGAGAGGACGAGAGAACGGGGAAGAAGGCGGGAUAACGCGAGUCUUAAGCUCCAGGAGAGCCCCGUCCUAGAAGCUCUUUAGCACUGUGACCCUUACUGGCGGAAAACGUCUACUGCUGCGCACGUAGCAGGGUCAGACUGUGAACAACAGGCGUUAUACAAGCCGAAAAGCAGUGCACUUUGGCACCGCUGCUCUUUCUGCUGUUGCUACUUCAGAUCUUCGGCAAAGCGGGCCGGUUUAGGCAAGUGCUUGGGGAUAGAAGGUUACAUUCCCGCGGAUUUCUACCCUUGCACUAGAAGCCACGCUCGUAUAUUCUCCUCGAAUAUCACGACGAUGGGUCCAAAGGAGGAACGUAGACCUUCUUGCGCGCCCGAUAGCUUCCACUGCAAGUUCGGAAAAGUCCCCAACGCCGACGAUGCCUACGUUCCUACUGCAUGUUCCGGCACGGAGAAGGACGCCAAGAGGCGACUCUACCUCACUGUGGCGACAGCGUACAUGGCGUCCAUUUCGUUCGGCUACUCUUGCACCUACUCCUCGCCCGCUCUGCCGGACAUCCGCAAGAGCAUCGAGUUCUCCGCCUCUGACAGUCGCUGGUUCGGCUCUCUCGUCACCCUUGGAGCUGUGUUCGGUGGACUCGCCGGUGGUCAGCUGCUGAACCUGAUUGGUCGACGUGGCGCACUCUUCGCAGCCGCAGCGUGGUUCAUGGCCGGCUGGCUAUGCAUCAUGUUCGCGCCGUCCACGGCGCUGCUGUUCGUGGGCCGAGUGCUGACAGGCAUUGCCGUCGGCAUAACCGCCCUGACCGUCGCCGUCUUCAUCUCCGAGAUCAGUCCCUCGAACAUACGCGGUUUGCUCAACACGGGUGCCAAUGCGGUCCUCUGCGUCGGAAUCCUGCUCACUUUCUCCCUGGGCAAGUUCCUCUCGUACCGCUGGCUGGCUGCCUUCUGCCUCGCGCCCAGCGUCAUCAUGGCGCUCGCGCUCUUCUGGGUGCACGAGUCGCCCCACUGGCUGCUUCAGAAGGGACGCCGCAAGGCCGCCAUCGCUUCGCUUCACUUUUAUCAGGGUCCCAAGAUUGCCGAGGAACUAAGCGCGCUCGACGCGAACCUGGCCAACCACCAGCCUUUCGCCCUGCUGGACGUAACUAUGCCGUACUUCUACAAGCCGUUCUUCUGCACGCUUUUGUCGAUGUUCAUGCAGCAGGCGUCCGCCGUCUGCGUCAUUCUCUUCUACGCGCAGGACAUAUUCGAAGAUGCCGGAACGUCCAUUGCUGCUGACGAUUGCACCAUCAUUGUUGGCGCCCUCCAAGUCGUCGUGCUUUUCGUCGCCACAGUGCUGAUCGACCGACUGGGACGCAAAGUGCUCCUCAUCGUCUCUUCUGUGGGAUCCAGUGCUAGUCUCGUCCUCCUGGGCAUUUCUUUCCACCUGAAAGCGACUCGUGGUCAAGAGUUUCUGGACUCCUUCGGUUGGUUGCCCCUCCUUGCCAUCGCCAUCUAUUUUGUAUCGUACGCCAUCGGUCUCGGUCCGCUGCCUUGGGUGCUGUUGGGAGAAAUGAUUCCGCUCAGGGGCAGAGGCUUCGCUACGGGUGUCUGCACGGCGUUCCUGUUUGCACUAGCCUUCUUGGUCACCAAGUGCUACGACGAUCUAGUGAAGCUCAUGACUGAGGCGGGAACGUACUGGAUGUUCGCGGGACUUCUAACAGGCUCGCUUAUUUUGUUUAUAUUUAUUGUGCCAGAAACUAAAGGCAAGAGCCUAGAAGAAAUAGAGCUCAUAUUCGGCAAGACCGACUCUUCUGCCUCUCUCGACACCCUUGACAAAGAUGUCGAAAUGACUGUGAAUUGAAAAAGUUAAAUGAAACUCCAAUUCCUGUUGCAAAGGACAGUCAGUGGGACACUUCUGCGCAUAUGGCGCACAACCGAGUGUUCUGCAAAGGUGCCAAAAAUGCCUAAUUUUUUAGGUGACUUUUGCGCGUGCAAAACCUUCACUUUUGAGUGAUUGAGUAACAGCGGCAUGAACGUGUUUUAUCAUUUA